AAAAUUAUUUGAAACAUAAACCUCUGCGGUGUAAACAAAAACAAUCCGGCGCCAAUAAAACCCCAUGACAGCUCAUGCCAUUCGCCAGUUAGAUUAAACUAUGGAAUAUCAUUUUAAAUGGAUGCCAUUUUAAUUGAUAAAAAUGGUGAAGGUAUUAGUUUGAGGAUUGGCGGGUUUAAUCCAGUUUGCAAUAGUUAUAAUCAAACUCAGGAGAAUUCUUUGAAGUCUAAAUGGACUAAGUCUGAUGAUAACCGUCUUAAAGAAUUAUGUCAAGAGUUUGGUACUUAUGAUUGGUCAUUCAUAGCAUCACAUUUUCCUCGACAUACUGAAAUACAAUGCCAGCAAAGGUGGAAAAAGGUUUUAGAUCCUAACUUGAUUAAAGGUGCAUGGACCAAAGAAGAAGAUGAUUUAGUUACAGAAUUAGUUUUAAAGUAUGGCCCUAAGAAAUGGUCUUUGAUUGCUUCCCAUUUAAAAGGCAGAAUUGGAAAGCAAUGUCGUGAGAGAUGGCACAAUCAUCUCAAUCCAAAUGUUAAUAAAACAGCUUGGUCUGAAGAAGAAGAUAGACUUAUAUUUGAUGCUCAUGAUAGAAUGGGUAAUAGAUGGGCUGAUAUAGCUAAACUUUUGCCUGGUCGCACAGAUAAUGCCAUAAAAAAUCACUGGAAUUCUACAAUGAAAAGACAGUUAGAACCUGGCUAUAAACAUAGAACAAGAGAAAAGCGUCGCAAUUCAAAUCUAUGUCCAGAUUCUAAAAAAGAAAACUCUAUGUGUUACACCGAUAAUAUACCUCUAAAUACAAUUGAAAUGAAAGAAAAUCAAUUUAAAUCUAAAAAUGCUUCAACAUGUGUACUACCAAGUUUUAAAAUUUCUAAGACUUUUAAAGAAGAGGAUAGUGAUGUUGAUUCUUCUGAACUUAUUAUGACACCAUUUAAAAACAUAACAAAUCUUACAGAUUUAAUUGAAGAAAUGGGCGGUGUUUCUGAAAUAAUGAGUAACCCAAAGCCUGAAGAUAAAGAAAAUUAUUUUGAAUAUUCUUCAAGGAGACAAGAGUUUUCAGCUCCUGGAAUACUUUCAAGAUCAAAAAAGCUUAAUAUGCAAGACGAAAAUAAAAACAACUCAAUAUCUGAAGAUAUACUGAACUUUUCGCCAUCAGUUUUUCUCAAUUCGUCAAUUAAUACAUUCAUAGAUAAAGAAAAUAGUAAUGCUUGUAACUCUAUCGUCACCUCUACCCCUGCCAAAUAUCUUGAGGAAAACAAAAUGAACUAUACACCUGUUGCGUGUAACAAACGCAAAAUAUUAAACAAUGAAAACAGUCAGCAUCUCAAACAGAAAUCAAAACGAACAUGUUUAAGCACAACUCCUCGAACUCCUACUCCUCUUCGAGUGAUAUCAAAAGAUGAAAAAUCUUAUUCAAGUACUCCAACAAUUGAUGAAAUAUCAGAGUUUCUUCUUAAAAAGGAAUCUGCUGGAAUGUAUAAAACUUUCGAAAAUAGUUUUGCGAAUAUUUCAACUGAUGAUAUGCGCAUAGAAGAAAAUAAAGCUGUAAAAGAAGGUCUUCGAAGAACGCUGUUCGAAACUCCCUCGCAAUCAAACCUAAUGCGAACUUGUGGCGUUAAUCUUUUUUCAGACAAGGAAAUAAACGCGCUUGAACAAAUGUCCACAUGUUUUACUCCCCAAAAAGAAUACAUCAAGGAAAAUGCUUGUGCCAGUGAGCCAACAAAACACGAAGAGCAUCAAAAUAUAGCUCGAACGUUAAACUAUCAAGUGCAUUCUAACUAUGCCUCAAAUGAUCAACAACAGGUUAGUAUUUUGCCACUUGUUGGAAAAUCUUUAAAAAUACCUAUUAGAAGGUUACCUUCAAAACAGUUGCAAUGUUCUCAUAUUAUAUCAAAUCAAUGUCAACUUCUCCAGUUCACUGAUGCAUUUAAAAUUAUGGCAUAUGGUCAAAGUAACGAUCAAAAAUUUCUUACCGAACAAGCUAGAAUCAUUAUGAAAAAAAUUAAUGGUAGUUGAUUUUAUAUGUAAAU